AUGCAAGGCGAGCACGACGAGCGCAUGGAUGGACGCCGCUCCGUCUCGCCAGACAGGAUGGAGGCGGGACGGGGAGGCGCUGCGUCGUCGAGCUCGCGCGACGGCGACCUCUCGACGACGCAGUCGGGUUCGACCGCAGGACAGAACGAGAAGCACAGGGACACAAAGGAGGGCAAACCCGCAAGGGGCGUCACCAUGUCGGACGAGGUCGUCCCGCCUGCUGCGGGCGGCAGCGCAUACCCUCCUGCACGGGCGUCGCGGAGUUCGAGGCAGGGAACGCGCGAGGCGAGCUUCGAGGUGCCGCCCCUGCGCCAGCGAUUGACGGAGUUGUUCGUUGCCGAGCACCCCAUCAAGAAUGAGCCUACCGUCAUGCAGUCCCUCAAGGCCAUCGCAUUCGCUUCGUGGUUCAACGUCCUCCUCGUCUUUAUUCCGGUCGGUUGGGCGCUGCACUUUGCCAAGCUCAACGACACCAUCAUCUUCGUCUUUACCUUUCUCGCGAUCCUGCCUCUCGCCGGCCUCCUCUCGUUCGGCACCGAAGAACUCGCCCUCCGCGUCGGCCAAACCCUCGGCGGUCUCCUCAACGCGACUCUCGGGAACGCCACCGAGUUGAUUGUCGCCAUCAUCGCCCUCAUCAAGGGCGAGCUCCAGCUCGUCCAGUCUUCCCUCCUCGGCUCGAUUCUCUCGAACCUCCUCCUCGUCCUCGGCAUGGUCUUCUUCGUCGGCGGUAUCCGCUUCAGCGAGCAAGGCUUCAAGGACACCGCCGCGCAGCUCAACUCGUCGCUUCUCGUCAUCUCCGUCAUUGCGAUCCUCCUGCCGGCGGGUUACAACGCUGCGUUCAAAGACAAUCAGACUGCCGAGGUCGAGCGCGAUCGUAUCCUCAAGAUGUCGCGCGGUAUCGCCGUGAUCCUGCUUGUCGUCUACCUCGCCUACCUCUUCUUCCAGCUCUUCACGCACAAGCACCUGUACGCCGAAGGCCACGUCGACCCGGACGACCCCAUCGUCCGUGACGGCCGCCAAGUCUGGCGCGAGCACCGCGUCUUCCGACCCGCUCCGAGCGCGCGCCGUCCGCGCCAGAUCGAAACCGGGCUCGAGGACGAGGAGGAAAUUGAGGAGGAGGCGCCGCAGCUUAAUAAGUGGGUUGCGCUGGGGUUGUUGGUCGUCGCAACGGUCCUCAUCGCCGUCACGUCCGAGUUCCUCGUCGACAGCAUCAGCGGCUUGACGCAGCAACAUCCCGAGAUUAGCGUCGAAUGGGUUGGCUUGAUCCUGCUUCCCAUCGCCGGAAACGUCGCCGAGCACGUUACGGCCGUCACUGUCUCGGUGCACGACAAGAUCGACCUUUCGAUGGGCGUCGCCGUCGGCUCGAGUAUCCAGAUCGCCCUUUUCGUCGUUCCCUUCAUCACGAUCUUGGCGUGGAUCAUCAAGCAGCCGCUCUCGCUUCUCUUCGACCCGUUCGAGUCGAUCGUGCUCUUCCUUUCGGUCCUCAUCGUCAACUACACCAUCCAGGACGGCCGGUCGAACUGGCUCGAGGGCUUCCUCCUCAUGUCGGUCUACAUCAUCCUGGCUGUCAGCUUCUGGUACUACCCGAACGGGGGUGCUGCAACGCUCACCGGUUGA